AUGACUAACUCUAUCAUUGCAAUCUUCACAAUCGCCCUCUACUUCCUCGUUCCUCUCUCCGAUGCUUUUGGAACCAUCGAAAUGCUCGUAUCCUCACCACGAACUAUUCUUCUCGAAUCGACAGUUUGUGCGAAUUUCGAGUGUCCGGCACCCGACGAUCUAUCGACACCUAGAAAAGUACAAGCUGGCACCGCGCUUCGUUUCGGUACCGGACGAUAUAACGGAGAGGCGCGGGAACGUAUUGAUUUGCAUAUCAAAGUUAUUGAGCCGAUCACGAAUGUCGUCCUCGCCAUCGAGCACCACCGCCCACUCGCUGACAACAAAUGGAACCAAGAUACUCCAAUCGUUGUCAAGACUUCCAAAGGAUUCAAUGUGACUGUUCAGUUGAAAAAUAAGUGUGAAAGCUUCUACUACGGAAACCGAUGCGGUCGUUACUGUAUUCCAUCUCGUGACCAACAUUGGGAGUGCUCAUCUGAAGGUGAAAGACGAUGCUCUGCCGGAUGGACUGGUGGCGAUUGCUCUAAUCCAAUCUGUCCUGGUGGCUGCAGCGGACGUGGAAAAUGUGUGGCACCUAAUCAAUGCUCAUGUAUCAACGGUUUCAACGGUACACAGUGUGAACAAUGCCUCCCUCGUGCUGGUUGUGUCAACGGAGGAUGUCAUAAUGGUGUGCCGAAUACAUGCAAAUGUCGUGAUGGGUUCAUUGGCGACCGAUGUGAUAUUGACAUCAAAAUCUGUUCCCUUCAAAAGCCUUGCGCAAACGGAGGUCAAUGCUCGAUAGAUUCGAAAUCGUCGACAGGUUACAAGUGUGAAUGCCCAUUCGAUUUCAUUGGACCACAAUGCAAAACACCGUUGAAUGAAGUUCGGUGCGCCGCUUCCGCUCAACACGUUUGCCAGAAUGGAGGAGCAUGCAUCUCAAUGGACGAGAAGACAAUUCAGUGCAAAUGUCCCAAAGGUUUCACCGGAAAAUUCUGUGAAUAUGGGACUCACAAAGACUGUUCAAUGAUGAAGUGCUCCGAAACUGCCACGUGCCAUAUGAGUGGAGACUUGGCAAUUUGUGUGGAAAACGAGAAAACGACAAUGAUUCCUCCGGUGAGAACACCAACGGAACGAGUGAAAGCAGUAGAGGAAAUGAGAAAGACGUUGACUAGAAAGGAAGAAGAAGAGAUUGCGAUGAAGGCUUUCCAAGAUAGCAUACUGACGUUCGCACUUCUUUUAGUGUGCAUCAUCGGCGUCUCUUUCUCUAUAUUUCUCUUCUACACCCGAAUCUAUCUUCCUCUUCAUCAACAAGCUAAUCCAUCCACUGGUUCUCUUCCUACCACCUCGACGUCUUCCAGACCAACGUCUUCAAGACCUUCACCAGUGUAUAAGGUGUGCAUCAUCGACACGGAACAAAUGCCAUCCUCAUCAUCGAACUCAUCAGAUUCUGAACCAGAUCAUCUCUGUCAUCCGCAUCGUCAUUCCCCGCCGCCAGCGUACUCAUCACCAGUCAUGUCUCAAAAAGUGUACAAAAGUAUACCGACGAUGGACGAUGAUUCUUCUUUUCGAGUCUGA